AUGCGCAUGGGCGCGGUUGUAUCACAAGGGGCCGGGAAGGGGUGUGGCGUUCUUUACGACGGUUCCAGUCGAGCUCCAGUAGCGGUGGGCCCGGUCAUGUCCCUGUGGCAGCGGCAGAAAAACUGGUGGAGUGAGGUUGUGUGGAAACCUAAAAAGGCCCACUCACUGGAGCAACUGAAGUACCAAUAUCAGGUACUGACGAGAAACCAAGUCGUCACUGAGGCAAACAAGAAUCUUUUAGUUGAGACGUUUCGUUCCAUCGCGGAGAUCCUGAUAUGGGGAGACCAGAAUGACUCGAGAGUCUUUGACUUCUUUCUUGAGAAGAAUAUGCAGCAGUUUUUCCUGAAAUCACUCAGCCAAAAAUGUGGCCGAUUUGUGUGUCUCCAACUGUUGCAAACGCUCAGCAUCUUGUUUGAGAAUAUUCGAAAUGAGACAUCCAUAUAUUACCUUCUCUCAAACAAUCACGUCAAUUCACUGAUUGUACUUAGACUUGAUUUUUCGGAUGAAGAAGUGCUGGCAUAUUACAUCUCAUUCCUUAAAACCUUGUCCUUCAAACUAAACACUCAUACAAUCCACUUCUUUUAUAAUGAGCAUCUGCGCGACUUCCCCCUGUAUACCGAGGCCAUCAAGUUCUUUAACCAUUCCGAGAGCAUGGUCCGUAUUGCAGUUCGUACUUUGACCCUGAAUGUUUUCAGAGUGAAUGACACUCAGAUGCUGGAGUAUGUGUGCAACAAGACCGCUGCUCCCUUCUUUUCAAACCUGGUGUGGUUUAUUGGUAAUAAUGUGAUAGAACUGGACGAAUGUCUUCUCUCUCAGGCCCAGUUACCAUUUGAACAGAGGCAGACUGGAAGGACUGGUGGCGGGCAGCACCUGGACCAUCUCUAUUACAUCAAGGACAUCCUGUGUUUGGGGCUGGACAGCCUUAGCUCUGUUCUAGCUGACCAGCUCCUGAAUCGACUUCUCAUUCCCCUCUAUGUCUUCUCCCUCACUGACCAGAGCCCCUUCCCUGAAGGACAAGAGAGCCCUCGCAUCAGUGCCACUCUGGCUCUGUUCCUACUUGCCCAGGUGUUCCUGGUACUCUCUGAGUCUGACGUGGUUCUGCCUCUGGCCUAUGUCAUAUUGACUGGCGACACAUCUCUCUCCUUACCAUCUCUGCUCACUCACUCAAACCCAUGUCAGCGCAAGGAGAAUACAGAUGACCCUCUCUUGUCCCACCAGUGGUCGCGACUGCGGGACCAGGACCCUCUCUUCAGUCGCCCAGCGCUCUAG